UGCCAGUGCAUGUCCUUGAGUACUUUUGGAGGGAUGAACUUGAUUGAUUGGUACUCAAGACGGAAGCGCGGAAGGCAUGAGUUAGCCAGAGUCAUAGAAGAGUUAAUCCAGAUUAAAUCCGGAUUUGAGCGCUUGAUACCUUCGACGCGUGUCCUCAUCGAGGCGUGCCCCCACAGAGGCAAAGAAGGUAUAACAAACCUAAUAUCAUUAAAUAGAGCCGCGAUCCUGUUAUGAGAAUUAAUUUUCCCUCCCAAUCUCCACAUUCAGUAUGCGCCCCUUCGACAGUUUCGAUAGUUCCAGUUCCGAAGGUUGGAUGGAAUCGUUGCAUAAUUUUGACUCUUAUUAUAGCCCACAAACACAACAGCCAAUGCACGCGCUCGAUGCUUUCUCCCAGAAUACAGUAUACUAUUCAAAUAGUGCACUUUUCGAAGAGACCACCGAUUUCGUGAAAUACCCCUAUAAGCAUUAUGACAUUGACGAUGAACUUUUGGAUUUUUCAUCCCCAGUAUCAAGCUCUGCGUCUAUGUUGUCGCCUUCUUCAUCAUCCGAUUACUCUGUGCCGGAAUCGUACUCGCCGACGAACAGUCCCCAAGGAAAUUUUCCCGCGACUAUGACCUGCUCACCUGCCGAUAUAAUGCCUUCCACAUUCUCUAUCAACGAUGAGUAUCAGGAAGGUCCAUCAGCCCAAAACCCAUUGGAACUGAACACCUUUGACACUUUCUAUAAUAACCAAAGUCUUCGCUCAUCGACCUCGGAGAUUGACACUGCUGAGGGCUGGGUCGAAACGUCUUCCUGGUCUGUCAGACCCCCAGCUUCAUUCGCGGAUUUCUCAAAUCCCCGGGCCGCGAUUGAUAAAGAGGAAUUGUUGGUCCACCCUGCGGUGCCGAUAUCGCCACAGCAAGUUGACGAUUUCUCCUCGUGUGCUACGACUACACAGAAGAAAACCGCCAAGGCCCACAGGCGGCGAAAUAAGAAAGUUCAAUCCCAGAGCAUUGCUCCCCGCUUAGUCUCCUCGUCGCCUGCUGAUUCCUAUGUGGCCCGGUCACCUGUCUCGUCCAUAUCUCACAACUACCACCCGCUACAUUCAGAAUCAUCGAUUGAUAUCGUUCAACCACAGGCAUCGACGUCUGCUGUGGUCUCGAAUGUUCCUAUCACACGAAAGAGAAAACGAAGCUAUCAAGAUGAAGAUUUUUCCUACUAUAAUGUUGCCUCUCACCAUCGGGCAGCAAAAGAACGAAUUUCGUAUUCGGAAGACGGUGUGGAAUCUAAUGACGAUGAUGACCCGGAAUACAUUAGUUGUCAUGUCGAAGACUCGGAAGAUGAUGAUUACGGAGGUAGCCAGAAGCAAUCAGCUCGUACUAAGAGGAGCAGGGCUUCCACAAGCAACAUUUCUGGUUCAGAUCCUAGAUUCCCGUGUCCAGCACCGGGCUGUAGACGUAUUUUCAAUCGUUCAGCCGAUCAACGGCGCCACAGCGAGAGUGCACACGAGCACAGGAGGUUUCCCUGUAUUUAUUGUCAUGCAGUCCUGUCCCGACAUGAUGCCCUGAUAAGGCACCAGGUCAAAGCCAGGAGAUGUGGAAGGAAGGCGCGCCAAGCACAAGGGAGAGUUCCUAACGCCUCUUUCGAGGCUGACGAUGGCUGAUAUAUGCAUAUCUCUAUGUGAUUUGCUUUUGCUUUUGCUUUGGAAUCUGUUCGGAUGUUGUUAUAUUUACUGGGUUUCGUGCUGUUUCGUGUUUUGUUUUCGAUUUGAUACCCUUGCGUCUGUACUGUUGCUUGUGUUUUGGGGACAUUAUAAGUGAAUUUAGU